GCCAAGGCACAGAGUCACAGCGAGAAGCUGCAAACAGCAGCUACACGGUGAGACAGGGAAUAGCUCAGGAAGUAACAACGUAACGACAUUUACCCUCAGGUGGAGAGUUCAGACAGCCUCAGUGUUCCCAGAGUACGGGGGAGUUCAGAGUCCUGGAACAAGGAGUUACAGGGAGUUGGGCUGAGAGUCCAGUGUGAACCCGCCCUGCAUCAUGGAGGACAGUGCACGGCCAGUGAGUGACCAGGAGGAAAUUCUGAGCAACAACAAUGGCCAUCACCGCCACACAGACCAAACCUACCUGGACGAGAAGAUCGCCAUUCCUCAUGCAGGAUCGGCAGGGUUCAGUUUCAGGAAAUUGUGGAUGUUCACGGGGCCCGGCUUUCUGAUGAGUAUUGCAUACCUGGACCCGGGAAACAUUGAGUCUGACCUUCAGUCUGGGGCAGCAGCAGGUUUUAAGCUGCUCUGGGUCCUCCUCUUAUCCACGUUCCUUGGCCUACUCCUGCAGAGACUUGCAGCUCGGCUUGGGGUGGUGACUGGACUGCACCUUGCUGAAGUCUGUCACAUUUACUAUCCAAAGUAUCCUCGCUGUAUCCUGUGGGUCAUGAUUGAGAUUGCUAUCAUCGGGUCUGACAUGCAGGAGGUCAUUGGCACAGCUAUUGCCAUCAAUCUACUGUCCAAUCAAAGGAUUCCUAUUUGGGGAGGAGUCAUUAUAACUAUAGUGGACACCUUCUCAUUCCUGUUCAUUGACAAAUACGGUCUCCGGAAGUUGGAAGCUUUUUUUGCUCUCCUGAUUGCGAUUAUGGCACUAACAUUUGGAUAUGAGUAUGUGGUGGUUAAACCCGAUCAGGGGGAAGUGGUGAAGGGUCUAUUCUAUCCGUACUGUGCUGGAUGUGGCAGAACUGAACUCCUUCAGGCUGUGGGGAUCGUUGGGGCAAUCAUCAUGCCCCAUAAUAUCUACCUCCACUCAGCUCUCGUCAAGAGCAGACAAGUUGACCGAAGCAGACCAUCAGAGUUGAAGGAGGCGAACAUGUACUACCUGAUCGAGUGCUCCAUUGCCCUGUUUAUAUCACUGCUCAUCAAUAUAUUUGUUAUUGCUGUGUUUGGAGCUGCCUUCUACCAGAAGAACAAUAUGGAUGUGUAUGACGUCUGUGCCAAGAGUGGAAGUCCCUACCUCCAUGUGCUGCCAAGGGACAACAACACCUUGAAUGUGGAUAUCUUCAAAGGGGGAGUUGUCCUCGGAUGUUAUUUUGGAUCACCUGCACUCUAUAUCUGGGCCGUUGGGAUUCUAGCUGCAGGUCAAAGUUCAACAAUGACAGGGACCUACUCUGGACAGUUUGUGAUGGAGGGCUUUCUCAACCUGUCUUGGAGCCGGUUUAAGCGAGUGACUCUAACGCGAUCGCUGGCGAUCGUUCCUACGUUGCUUGUAGCAGUGUUUCAGGACAUGUCCAGUCUGUCUACCAUGAACGAUAUUCUCAACGUCUUGCAGAGUAUUCUGCUCCCAUUUGCUCUCAUCCCAAUCCUGACCUUCACCAGCCUCAGGUCAUUAAUGCAACAGUUCACCAAUGGAGUGGUUUGUAAGAUAAUUGGUGCAUUAAUCACCCUUCUGAUCCUGAUUAUCAAUGCUUACUUUGUGGUGGAUUAUAUUGAGCACUUGGACAGAGUGUGGCUCUACGUUGUCAUUGGGGUGAUUCUGCUCUUCUACGUCAUCUUUGUGUUUUAUUUGGUGUGGCUGAGUUGUGCUGUGGCUGGAAUAACCUGUCUGAACAUCGGGCAACAGAAACGGUUCACCCAUGAGAUACUUCACAACUGACCCCCACCAGAGCUUCCUGACCUGUCCUCAACUUGGCCAUGAGUCAAUGAAGCACGACAGAAACAUCAUCACUGAAACCUCUAAAGCACGGCUGCUGCACCUUCUCCUUUCACUUUAUAUCCAACGUCCAAACAAAUUCCACAUCCUGUCUCCUUCCUGAGACAGCUACAUCCAAUGGGGGUUAGCUUCUCAUUCUCAGAUUAACUGCGAUUCAUCUUCUGUCAGAUUUCUCCAUCCCUGGCCCCUAUUCUGCAGGCCCCUGCCUGGCCCCUGCCCCUACUCUCUCCCCCAACAGGAGGUGCUUGAGGAGCUCUGCAUCUGUCUGUCUCUGCAAACCUUCAGUCACACAAGUCUAACCAGCACCAACUUCUUCCUCAGGCUAAAUCCAGACAAGAGUCAGAAUAAAAGGAUCAGUCCAGAAGAAAGCAACUAAGACUCCAAUAAUUGUGAGGCAGAGAGUGGGAUAUGGGUGAGUGGGAUAUGGGUGACUCAAUGACAGUGGGAUAUGGGUGAGGUAGGGUGAGUGGUCACUCAAUGACAGUGGGAUAUGGGUGAGGCAGGUAAAUGGGUGAGGCAGAAGAGUGAGGUAUGGGUGAGAAAGGGAGGGUAGCAGUAGGUGAGGUGGGGGUGAGCUGCCUUCUUGAACCACUGCAGUCCAUGUGCUGUGGGUAGACCCACCAUGACCUUAGGGAGGGAAUUCCCAGACUCUGACCAAUGGAGAGAGCAGGACAGAGGAUUGAAUGGCCUCCCCCUGCCCUAUCGCUGUGCUGAGCUGACUGGCAGGUUGCGCCCUGAUACCUGUGUCCAUAAUCAAAGAUUUUUUUCUCUUGCGCUUGCACUGAACUUCCUUCCUGCAGUUCAGGAUGACGCACAUCCCAGACAAACACUGGACCAGCUGCUAGUAAAUGCAGCUCCACACACUGUACCAUUUCACCAAACACAACUUAUGUCUCUCUCACACAGCCAAGUGGUGCUUGAACAACACACAAGUCAAGCAGAAAUGUGCAAACCUAAGUGAUAGAAAAGCAGCACUAACCAAACACACCAAAUCUCAUGUAUUUACAGAUUGUUACUGUAUUUGCAAUAUCACUUUUAAAGCAAUAAAAUAUC